UUUUGUUUGGAUUUUCUCAUGAUGUUUAAUCUUUAAUCCAGGUUGACCUCUUUAAUGGAAGUUGGUUCUGGUAAAUGGUUAUCUGAACUGGAAAUGGAGGAUCCCACGCUAUUCCCACACCAAUACCAAACGAUGAACCCUUUUGACUAUUCAUCUCAUGAUAUAAAUUUCAACCCUUUCUCUCCUGAAAACUAUGCAUGCAAUCCAUGUAUCAAUGAUAGUUUAUUCGUUGGAGCUUCUAAUGAGAUGGACGACGACGACUUUAAAAGGCCAAUGAAACAACUCAAGACCAACAGUUGGAGCUCUUGCAUUACAGAAAAUCAAAUCCCACCACCGCCACCAACAAAGGCAGCAUCGUCGUCGUCUUCUUCCCAUAUAAUCUCCUUCGGCAACUCGAAUUCGUCGCCGGCGGCUAUAUCUCGGCAAUUCUAUGAUGUGGAACCCAAAACUGAGGCGGGUAAUUAUUGGGAUGGAAACAUGGGAUACAGGAGGGAGCAGUAUUGUUCAAGUAAAUCUGGGCAGGUUUCGAGGUCAAGGAGUCCAAUACAUGCUCAAGAUCAUGUAAUUGCUGAACGAAAACGCCGUGAAAAGCUUAGCCAGAGUUUCAUUUCUCUUGCGGCACUUAUUCCUGGCCUCAAAAAGACAGACAAGGCCUCGGUUCUUGGAGACGCUAUCAAGCACUUGAAACAACUUCAAGAUCGAGUUAAUGUGCUUGAGAAACAAGUUGCUAACAAAACAAUGGAAUCAGUGAUCUCUGUAAGGAAAACCCAGAUUUAUGCAGAUGAUGAGACGAUAUCUUCGUCCAAUGAGAAUUCCGAUGGCCGAUCUAACGACGUCUUCCCUGAGAUUGAAGCGAGAGUUUCGGACAAGGACGUGUUGAUUAGGAUCCAAUGUAAGAACAACAAAGGGUGCAUACCAAACAUCAUAGGCGAGGUCGAAAAGCUUCAUCUCUUUGUGCUCAAUACCAGUGUCUUGCCCUUUGGACAAGACACUCGUGACAUAACUAUUACUGCUCAGAUGGAAGCUGAAUUUUCGAUGACAGCGAAGGAUCUUGUGAAAAGCAUACGACUAGCUUUGCUCAAGUUCAUCAAGUGAUGAAACUGCAACACCAUGUUCACACUGAGUAGAAGAUUGGAAGA